AUGCGACCAUGUCGCAAAGGAAACACACCACUGCACUAUGCUGCAAUGAACGGGGAUGUAAAAACUUGUUCCAUCCUUCUGACCACAGACCAGAGACUUCUAAAUGAGAAAAAUGGGCUCGGGAUGACUGCGCUUCACAUCGCCGCGAUGCACAAGAAUGGUGAAGUCGCCGAAUAUCUUCUCACGGCUGGAGCCAAAAUUCUACCUGAUAACAGAGGUAUCUACUUCACUACACACCUGUUCAAUGAGGAUAAUUAUCUGGCAGCCAAAGUGGUUACCGAGCACAAACGAUGGCCAGAAAUUAUGGAAAUGUUGCGAAAUACAAAUCAAUGUCCGUUGGAGCGUCUCGUAUGCUACAUGCCUUCUUUAACCACUUUGGUUAUGGAUCAGUUCGUCACGGAAUGUGGGACACGAAACACCGGAGACCACGGGACCCGAUUUGAUUUUACCAUGUUCCAGCCUUCGUCAGGCGAUCAAACCCGGAAAACAACUUCAGCUUUCCAUUUAAUGAAGAUGACUUCGUGUGUAACGGACGAUGUACAAUAA